AUGCCUCCUACGGUUCCGAAGAGCGGAGGUCCGAAGGGCCUCACUGCGCCCAGCAGCAGCGCGCCCAGCUCGGCGCCGUACAAACCAGGCAUGGUUGGCGGCAAGGGCAAAGCAGUGCUCAGUGGGAAGCGCCACCGACGCAUCGCUCGCCGGGGAGGCGUCAAACGCAUCUCCUCCGCCAUCUACGAUGACGUCCGUGAGGCUCUAAAGACUCGUCUUCGCAUGAUUAUUCAUGACUGCGUCGUCUUUGCAGAGCAUCGAAACGGCAAGACCAUCACAGUCGCUGAUGUGGUCUACUCGCUGAAGCGUAAUGGUAAGACCAUCUACGGCUUCGGUGAGGCCGAGCGAUGA